UAAGCGUGAGGUAUCUGUUAUGGAAAUAGAUCGACAAAACUCAAAGAUAUCUAGCAUAUAAGGUGGAUUGGUGUCGAAUAACGGCAACAGUUGGCUCAGUAAAUGCUACGAAAUAGAAUGAAAGUCGUGAUAUCUCUUGGAUUUUUAUUGUUUUGUCAAUAUGCAUUGAUCGAGGCUCAGCAAUUCGUGGCGCCCGACCCUGAAGACGAUGACACUGAAACAAUAUUGGAUGGAAGUAGUCUAUAUACGGGCAACAUCAGUCUUUGCAAAAAUGUUGCCAAUAGAAUUUUUCUGCCGCAUGUAGGAGACUGUAAAAAGUAUUAUCUCUGCUGGGAUGGCGAGGCUAUAGAGAAGCAGUGCAAUAACAACUACGAGUUCAAUGCUCGCAAUCAAAGUUGCGGCUAUCCGAAUAAAGCAAACUGUAUGCCCAAAUGUGAAUCCUUUAAUCUAACGAGCUUUGGCUAUGAUCGCACCUGCACCAAAUACGUGCUCUGCUAUUACGGCAUUCCAGUUCUGAGGGAAUGCCAGGACGGAUUGCAGUACAAUGCCGAUACGGAUCGCUGCGAUUUCCCUCAAUAUGUGGACUGUGUGGACAACGAGUGCAUGCGAUUGAGUGAGUCUACGGAACUCCUGUUCUUGCCCAGCAAGGCUUCGUGCUCCAAAUAUUUCCUAUGUGCAAAAGGUGUUGCCAUGAAUUACACCUGUGCAGAAGGAUUGUAUUUCAGUACCGAUUGCAAUUGCUGUGAUUAUCCCAAUAAGUCGCAGUGUCAAGUUACAUCGUUGAAACGCAACAUUGAACCCUUUGCCCGGAUGCCACUGCGAAGCGCUGAUAUCGUCUGUCCACGCCAUGGAGCUCACUUCUACGCCCAUAAGUCGAGGCGUGAUGCCUACUAUUAUUGCAUUGAGGGCCAUGGCGUUACCUUGGAUUGUACGCCCGGCUUGUGGUAUGAUGCAGAUGUUCAAGAAUGUCGCGAACCCGAAAAUAUCCUGAAUAUCUCUAAACCAAGCCAUCGGCGCAUUCACGCAACACUGGCUCUCCGGCAAAGCAGAGAACGUACUUGGUGCAGGUGCGAUCGUAGCAGAAGGAGCUCAGUCCCUGGGCUGGGCAUGUGGGCAGGCAGCGCACCUCAGAGACGUCCACACAUUGCUGAUCGCGUGCAUCGAAGAAAUAGCCACUGCUGCAUGUCCGAGGCACAGCUUUGCCGGCUAUCGAAGGUGUUAAAUACGUUUUUAUGUAUGAAAUUUAUUUUUGGAUUGGCGAUUUUUGGCUUGCUGCAAUGCGCGCGGGCAAGAUUCUACCUGAAGCCUAUGCAGCAGUCGGAAGAAAUCGUAGCACCCGAUCCUGAAGACAAUGACAUCGAUCCUAAUGGACCCCUCCACUCAUUAGUUAUGAACGACAUAAAUCUGUGCGCCAAUAUGGCAGACAAUUCCUUGCUGCCCUACAUAGGCAACUGCUCCCACUAUAUCUCCUGCAAGGGUGGCAAAAUCGCCAGUUACAGCAGCUGCUAUGAAGGCGAUGCCUUUAAAGAGCUUUGCGGUGAGAAUGACCCAAACUGUAAACUCGCUUUUGAUUACAAAUACCAGGCCUGCACCUAUGCCGACGAUGAGGAUCUCAAGUGCCUGCCCGAAUGUGAAGACUACAAGCUGACCAGCUUUUGCUACGAUCGCACUUGCAGCAAAUACGUGCUCUGCUAUUACGGAAUUCCGGUCUUAAGGGAAUGCUAUGAUGGAUUGCAAUACAAUGCGCAGACGGAUCGCUGCGAUUUCCCUGAAUAUGUGGACUGUGUGGAAAACGAUUGUCCUCAAGAAAAGUCGCUCUCAAACAUCCUCUAUCUGCCCAGCAAGGCACAAUGUAGCAAAUAUUUUAUCUGCUCUAAUGGCAUGCCCUGGCCUCAAGAGUGUGCCAAUGGACUAGUGUUUAAUCCCAAGUGCAAUUGCUGUGAUUAUGCGAGCAAAGUCGAAUGCACAGAAACGGUGCAGCAGCGCAACAUUCAGCCCUAUUCCCGCUCACCUCCUCGACGAGCUGAUAUCAUCUGCCCAGACACUGGCGUUCACUUCUAUCCUCACAAUUCGAGACAAGACUCAUACUACUAUUGCGUGGAGGGGCAGGGCAUCACCUUGGAUUGCACGCCCGGUUUGUUGUACGACUCCAAGAUACACGAAUGUCGUGAUCCCAAAUAUAUUCAGAUCUAA